AUGUACAAUAUGGAAUAUCAAGAUAAUCAAAACGACAGCGAUUGGGAGUUUGAAGACGGCGAUGAAAAUGAUGAAUUAUUUACAAAAGCUACGCAGCAGGUGCAGAGAACACAUGACAAAUUAUUACCCAAUGAUUUACUGGAACUAUAUGGUCUGUAUAAACAGGCUACUGUGGGCAGAUGUAACACCUCUAAGCCGGGCAUGUUUAGCAUGCAGGCUAGAGCCAAAUGGUGUGCCUGGCAGGAACUGGCCGAUAUGCCCAGUGAUAAGGCCAAAGAACUGUAUAUAGAAAAAAUGAAACAACUAGACCCCAAGUGGUUUGAAAAUAUACAAAAUGGUGUUAAGUCUAUGGUUGGUGGCAUGGGCUGGGUGGUUCAUUCUGUUGAAUUACCACCCGAUGAUCAUAAUGCAAAAGCGGAACAUGAAAAAAAUGUCUUUGAUUAUGUCAAAGACCACAAUCUUAAGCGCAUAAAGGAGACCAUACAAUCAUCGGACUUUCAGUUAUUGGAUGAACAUGGCAUGGGCCUCAUACAUUGGGCUGCCGAUGCUAAUGAUUUAGAUAUUUUAGAAUUUCUUUUAUCCUCCGGCUGUCCGGUGGAUUUUCGUGAUGCUGAGCAACAGACCGCUUUACACUAUGCUACGUCUUGUGAUCAUUUGGAGUGUGUGCAAUUGUUGCUGAGAUUUGGUGCUGAUAAGACGAUACAAGAUGCAGAAGGUCAAACUUGUAUCGAUGUGGCCAAUGAUCCUAGUAUACGCUCAUUGUUGGAAUCUUAAUAUGACGAGAAUUAACAUUUCUUUGCUUUUAUUUUAAUAAAAAAUAAUAACCAAAAUAUAAAACAAAA